AAUUAACAUCGAAGAAUUAUGAAAAUGUGUGAGAAGAAAAAGAUUGUUUCAAUAUGUGUGAUGAUAAUGUUAGUUAUGGCACACGCUGAUAAUUCUCCUCCACCUCCAUCACAACCUAGUUCACCAACUGGUCGAAUCGCUUGUCUUGCCAAAUGUGCUUUUAAAUGUAAACGCUUCAAAACAAGAAUUCCAUUAUAUGCAGGUUGUGUUGCUGCAUGUACAUUAUUGAAAUGUCAUAAAGUAUUGUCAAAAGUUACUUAUGAUUGUGCAACUAAUUGUUCGAUGUCCAAGACCUUUAACAUCAACACUGAUGCCGGUGGUGUUAAUGAUAUCGUGAAUUCAUGCUUGAAAUCUUGCAAAAACAAAUAAAAAUGUUACAUCUGUAAAUCAAUGGUUUUAGGAAAAAAGUUGAUAUGAGAAAUUCUAUGUAGAAUUGGUAAGGUACUGACGUUGUAAUGAAAUUUGA